AUGACAGCAACUUGCCUUUUCUUAUCGACACUCGAUCGAUGCUUAUCGACAUCACGAAAUGUGCGUUAUCGGCAACUGAGUAAUUUGUCAUUUGCUAAACAGCUUUUAAUUAUAACAAUGCUAUUUCUCUUAAUUUCAAGUAUCUUUUGUCUGAUUGUCUAUGAUCUUUACAAUGAUAUGUGUAUAUCAGCACCUGGUCUAGGAACGAUCGCUGUUAUUGUUUAUGCAAAUAUUUUUAUUUCUCUGAUUCCUCAUGGUGGUAUGCUAAUUUGUGGUAUCAUUACAUCGAUACAUAUGCGACAAAUGAGAAAUCGUAUCGAUAUUAGUUCUGACGCAGGUAAUCCAACACCUGCUGUUCAGAGAAUGAAUCGACAAUUACUGAUCCUAAUAUUUAUACAAGCUUCGGUGGAAAUAAUAUUAGAAGUACAACGCAAUAUUUCAGCUACAUACAAUUUGAUUACUAGUUCAGUAGAGAAAGGCAUUGAACAACAACAAAUUGAGUAUUUUGUUACACAACUGAGCAUCAUACUUUACACCGUAAAACAUGGCAUAUCUUUUUAUAUUUAUUGUGCUUGCAGUAGUAUGUUUCGAAAGAACUGUCGAAAAUCUAUCAAAUCGUUAUUUAAUAGAUGCUGUUGUUUCAAUCAACAUAAUUAG